AAAUACUCUUAUAGUGGUGUCAAAGAUCUCAGAUGCAAAGAAUCUUUUUCCUUCUUCCAUAAUUAUCUGCUGUUUUCAUCAUAAUCCGUUAAUUCAAUAAUUCACUCGAGUUGCGGAAGAGAAGUCCUCUUGAGCCAACUAUUGCUGUCAUUUUUACUUCCGCCACAUCAUUUCAAUAUGGCCUUAACCGAUCAGAGGAAGCAUAUUGUGAUAGUUGGAGCUGGCGCUGCAGGAAUGGCGUGUGCUAGCACGCUUGCUCAGCAUCCAGAAAAAUUUAAAGUCACCAUGAUUGAACGGAUGGGUGUAACAGGAGGUCAAGCAACAUCCAUAUCCCUAGACAAAGAUAAAUUUGGCACUGACUGGAUGAAUAACGGUGUUCAAGGCGGCUCACCUAUUUUCAAACAUACCUGCGAGUUUUUCAAGCGAUAUGGUCAUGAAGCUCAAGGUAUCAAACUCCAAGUUGCAUUCGGAAAAGGCAAAGAUGGAUUCUGGACCAACUGUUUUCCGAGUCACCUUGUCGAACGCUUCUCAAGCGAUAUCAAGAAAUUUGGAAAAGUGUUGAAGAUUAUCAAGUGGACUAUGCCUGUAAUAGGUGUGAUUCCUAUUCGAAUCAUGCUCAAGAUGUUCUUUUUCAGCAAAGAUUUUGGUGAUAAGAUGGUUUAUCCUCUCAUCGCUCUGUUCCUCGGUACGGGCAACCAAACUGCAAAUGUAUCAUGCGCCAUAUUGGAGCGUUUAUUUGAUGAUAAGAAUAUGAAACUUUGGGACUAUGAUCCAGACACACUUUUACCAAAUUUACCUCAAAUGUUGACAUUCCCUAAUCUUCAUAAUUUCUACGAAGAUUGGAGGAAAGAUCUCGAAUCGAAAGGUGUUGACAUUCGCCUUAAAACUGAUGUUACGGAAAUUAUUCAACGGGAUGCAAAGGGUGUUGUGAUGAGCACGCGGCCUUUUGAUCCGGAUGCAAAUGAUAGAAAGGGAGAGCACACGGGACCAAUCUCAAAAACGGAAACUUUUGGUGAAUUGGUUAUGUGUGUAUUAGCUGAUGAUGCACUUAAAAUACUUGGUAGAACCGCCACUUUAAAGGAGAAAUUCGUGCUUGGAGGUGCCAGAUAAGUUGUAUUCAUCUCAUUUCCAUCAUGAAGCUCAUGAACUAAUCAUCUUGAUAAGAUUCUACGACGACGUAACAAUAACCCAGUAAGUCACUUCCUAACCUCGUUCCCUCACUCAACUCACAUCCUACCACCAAUGGCAUCCGCUAAAAACCUACCAGCUCCGACCAUGAAUACUUCCGCAAACACUACGAAACCGAAUUUGACCCCUCUCUCUGCGCCGAACCAAAAUCCCGCGCCCAAAAAGACCAAAUCGCAUUUUCAAAAGGCGAACAACGCGGUGUCGAUAAUGAACCAAGUGGUUACCGACCCAUGUAUUACACAAAAUCAUACGCGCACGACCCUACCAAAAUCGAAAUGUCUUUCGAGUACGUUUCAAAUUCCCCUUUCUAUCUCCUUCCCUCCCUCCCAUCCCACCCCCUACCCGGUAAACCCCAACUAACUCCCCCUCCUCCAGCUGCACAAACUACCAACACCAAUUCCGACGCGACCACGCCUCCGAAAUCGCACCCAUGCCCUACGAACAACACGUCUUCCAAUCCAUCUUCCUCGACGCCUCUAACCGCGACGCCUGGACCAUCGACGAGAUAUCCCCUGAUAAAAUCAUCGAGAAGAAAUGGUGGCAUCAGCUUGGACAUCGCUGGCAACAUUAUGCGCGCGUCGUGCCGGGUAUGAUGUGGAUUAAUGGGAAGAAUCGUACUUGGUUUGCUGGGAGUUGGACUUUGGUUGUAUGUUUUUUCUUCUCUCUUCUUUUUCUCCCUUUCUUUUCCUAUACAUAAUCCUCACUUCGCAACCUCUGUUUCUCAACAACCUCUGUAAAAGAAAAAGAAUUUCGAACUCUGGUUCCGAGAAAGAAAUAGGAUGGAAUAUUUGUAGUACAAUACUAAUAAUACAUCAACAACCAACAGAAUAUGCAUGAACUAGCUCUCGUAUCAGGCAUAGCAGCCGCCUAUAGGCUAGGAGCCGAAUACGUGAAAUUUGAUGAUUUUGCCGAGGAAUUUUUUGGUAAUUACAUGCUUGUAACGCAUGGGUUUAGGUACAAGGCGGAGGAAAAGAGGAGGAAGCAGAAGAGUCAGUAGGAGAUAUGUGUUGGGAUUUGUAUAAUUAAUCAUGUCCGGAGUCCGGAGAUGGAAUGUUGUGUAUUUAUUACUUGCGCUACCUGUAAAUUUCUUCCGCGGAGCGCUGUUUAAUACAUUUUCUGAUAGUUUAUUCUAGCCAUAUGUUUUAGGAUGCUUCUCGCUUGGCUUCUAUUUAACUUCUCCUUUGGCCUUCAAGUGUUUCUAGUUCAUAAUGGCUCGGCCAUCUCCAGCCAAACAUUUUGAUAAGCUAUCUCCAACUUUCGUCAUCAACCUAAACAACAGAUUGACCUUCCCCAAACCACAUUCAAUAGGUAGGUAUCAGACCCCUCU